AUGAUCUUGACGGUGACUUCCUCUGUCAUUUUGAUCUUUGCCAAGAAUGUUGUCACGGGUCUUCGAGAUGCCUCCGUUAACUUUGUAUUGGCUGGAACGGGGAUUGUGGCUUCCUUCAUUAGCAUCUUCUGGACUUGGGCUGGAGGGGCCCGACUUUCCAGACGACUGGUGCGACGAGCUACUUCUCGCGUUCAAGCCGCCAAUAUGCUUCGAAGAGCCAUCAAAGUUGGGAUUUCGCUCAACUUGAUUGGAAUGUUCUUAACUCUUCUUGGUGCAGAGCAGACUGUGGGAGUGUUGGCAAUCAAAGUUAUGACGCAAAGGCCUUGGAACAGUGCUGGUGGAAUGGGAAUGAUGGAGUAUGGACUGCAACCUCUGGAUAUCUUGGUCGUUCAGGCAAAUACCAACAGUUUGUUGAGCCACUUUGCCAGUCUGGUGUGUUUCUUGUACCUCAACCGAUACGUUGACAAGCUGGAUCCGCCUUCGGAGGACGACGAGACAUCCUGA